UCAGCAAGUAACAUGGCAAGGUUGGCAGUAUUGACCGUUUUGGCUGUAGCAGCAGUCUGCUUCGCCGCGCCUCCUCCAGGACGUGGUCCUAAAGAUGAUUCCGCUCCUCCGAGAGGUGAAGAAGGUGACAACCACCGUGUGAGGAGGCAUUACGUUGGGGGUUUGAAUGAGUACGGCGGAGGCGGCGGCGGCGGCGGUGGCGGCUAUGGCGGCUACGGCGGUCAUGGUGGCCACGGUGGUCAUGGCGGCCACGGUAGCGGUCUAGGCGCCGUGGGCGUGCCGCUCACGCAAUCCUUCUCUAAAUCCUCGGCCAGCGCCAGCUCCCAGAGCGGGGGCGCUGUCUUGGGAUAAAUCGAUAUCUAGACGACAUACCCUUACAACUGCACAUUGAAGAAUCCACAAUCCAGUGCAUUUAUGUGAUACGUUAUUAUUUAUAUUCUUAGCUAAGUUAAAAUUAGAAUUUAAAUUGUACUUUAUAUACAAACUUUACGUAUAAAGUUUUAUAGCAAUUGUUUUAUUUCUAGUACUUAAUAAAAUCAUUAAAAU